AGCAGCCAGUCAGUCAACGUGUGCGCCUCAACCCAGCAGCAUGGCACUCCGAAACGGACCGAGCCCCGGGACUCUACCGCCGCCGCUGCCGCUCAAACUCCAAUGAAGCCCGGGAAACAUGACAUGUGAGCGCGCAGUGUACGGCCGAGGCUUCGCUCUGGUGCAUUUGGAGACACCUCCUGGGAGUUGUUCACGCAGAGAAGAAGAGGAGGCAAUGCUGAAGCCGGGAGUUCGGAUGUGUUAGCUCAGCGAGACAAGCUAACGAAGCCAAAACAACCGGCGAGGUUCACAGAGGGAAGCGUGGCGAAUGUUGGGCUGAAGCAGAGCGCAGUGUAGCGGGCUGAGAGAGCGCUGCGGUCUCCUGUGUUCGGCUCUAGUGCACGUAGUGCGGUGCUGUGUGGAGCGGUGGUACUGGAGCUCCAGAGGUCGGGAGGAGGAUGCAGGUGAAGCAGCAGCAGCAGCAGCGGGACUCAGAGCCUGACAGCGCCGGGGACACUCUAGAAGGAGACGGCCUGCGCAAAAACUCCUCGUGUUUCUCUAAUAUCAAGAUCUUCCUGAUUUCAGAAUGCGCGCUCAUGCUGGCACAGGGCACCGUGGGGGCAUAUCUGGUGAGUGUGCUAACCACUCUGGAGCGGCGCUUCAACCUUCAGAGUGCCGAUGUAGGAGUGAUCGCCAGCAGCUUUGAGAUUGGUAACCUGGCCCUCAUCCUGUUUGUGAGUUACUUCGGGGCCCGAGCACACCGGCCCCGGCUCAUCGGCUGCGGGGGCAUUGUCAUGGCGCUGGGGGCCCUGCUCUCGGCCCUUCCGGAGUUUCUGACCAGCCAGUACGAGAUGGGAAAGAUGUGGAGGACAGACAUUGGGAGGGAGGUGUGUUCAAACAGCAGCAGCAAACAGGCCCAGGAGGCAGAAGACAGUGUGUGUCAGAACAAGGCCAACACAAACAUGAUGUACCUGCUACUGAUUGGGGCACAGGUGCUGCUGGGCAUUGGGGCCACACCCGUGCAGCCGCUGGGCGUGUCCUACAUCGACGACCAUGUGCGCAAGAAGGACUCCUCACUCUAUAUAGGUAUGACACUGCACACUACACCAGUACAGACUGUGCUUAGACAUGGGCUUUAA